AUGACAGUCAGUAAUGAAUUUGAAAUGCUGUUUGCAGUGCCCUUGGAGUGCCAGGCCUGUGUAGACAGCGUGUCCAAGGCACUUGCUUCGAUUUCGGAAAUCACCAAGUUCAAUGUGGACUUACAAAAUAAUCUCGUGACAACCACCGGUUCCGUGGCACCGUCGCAGAUUGUAAGGUCGAUUCAGGCUACGGGAAAAGAUGCCAUAAUACGUGGAACCGGUAAGCCCAACUCGGCAGCGGUUUGUAUUCUCGAAUCGUUCGAUAAAAAGGACAUUGCAAACCCAGUGAAGGGAUUGGCACGAAUUGUCAGCAUUGGAGACAACGAUGCCGUCGUUGAUUUGACCGUCAAUGGACUUCCCGCGGGAACGUAUUAUCCUUCAAUUAGAGCCUCAGGCAACUUGUCUCAAGGUGCCUUAUCGACUGGUAAAUUAUUUUAUGAUUUGGGCCUGAUUCUGGUGACAGAACCUCUGUCUGUAGAAACUGUGAUAAUGAGCGAAGGAGCCCACCAAGAACCGAUAAGCGAUUCUUUUGCCGGUCAGAGUUUUCUUCACGCCAAACUCAACGUUUCAGAGCUUAUUGGGCGCAGUAUAAUCUUGUCUCGCGUCAAAGAUUCCAUCGCUUCAGAUUCGAUUUGUGGGGUGAUUGCUAGAAGUGCUGGUGUUUGGGAAAACGACAAACAAGUAUGCAGCUGUUCUGGAAAAACCGUUUGGCAGGAGAGAGGUGAUGCCAAAAAAAGAGGGGUUGCUGUGUAG